AUGAAAAAUUUAAGCACCGAUUCUGGCUUUGAAAAUGAGUCUUCUGAAUAUACUUCUGAUAUAUUUCCUUCUAAUAUAUCACCGGCUCAUAGAGAAAUUCCUGAAUUAAAAGAAGAUCGACUGCCUGAUUUUAUUCCUCUGGCAAAAUCAGGGCAUAGCUUGGAAGCAGACAUGCUGUUUGGGUAAUUUAUAAUUAGCUGGCGACCUAUAUUUAUUUAUAAUAAAUAGGAAAGCCUAUUAUUAUAGUUAUUUUUAUAUAUAAAAAAAAAUACAAUAAAGACUUAUUAAUAGAGAUGAUUUUAUUCAUUAUAAAUUUUUUACCUCGAUAUUGCAGAAUGGCCCAGUGCCUCUGUCUUUUACAUUAGACCGAAUUUCCACACAAAAUGCAAUUUUCUAUGGGUUUCGUCCUACGGAUUCUCUUGAGCUUCACGAAUGUUACUCAAGCCCAGAAACCUACAAAUUUACUAUAAACCCAACCUUAAGACAUGCCUGAAAUACUAUCAAAAAGCUCGAGCCAAACAAAAAAGUCCAGCCUUUCAAAGGAAUGAAAACAGGGCUGAAUAUUCUUUUUUCCUUAAUUUAAGCCUUAUUUUUUAUAUAAAACUCCCAUAACUUUUUCAUUAUAAAAGAAUAUAAAUGAAUUGAUUUUUUCCUCAUGCUUUGAGAGUGGAAAUCUCGAUAAAGUCGUAAAAGUAAAAGAAAACGAAUACGAUUUGUAUAUAAGGACAGAUUCGAAUUCAUAUGGUCAUAAUUGAUGAUAUUAUUUUAAAGUAGAAAAUAAAUGAAACGAUCGGGAAGUUAAAUUCAACAUCGUAAAUUUUUCGAAAAGGAGCAGCUUAUAUAACCAAGGGAAUUUACCUUGCAUUUUUGAUAUAAAUAAUCCUGCAAAAGGGUGAUUUAAAGGUGGCAAUAAAGUAAGCUAUACUUCUAGUAAAGCUAAUAAGCCAAACCAAAGACGAAUUUAUUAUUGUUUAUCUUUUUCUUAUCAAUUUAAAGAAAAUGAUGCUUUUUAUUUUGCAUAUUCCGUGCCAUACAGGUAUUCAAAAUUAUGCAAUUUUGUAAAAGAGCUGGAAAAAUCGAAUUUUGUGAAAAAUGAAGUUUUGUGCAAAAGCUUAAGUGGGGUUGACGUACCGAUUUUGACAAUAACUGAUUUUAUGGCGGCAAACCAAAAAGAGAUUGCUUUUCUUACUGCAAGAGUCCACCCAGGAGAAACUCAUGGGUCAUGAGUAAUGGAAGGGCUGCUAAAAUUUCUUAUCAGUGACCAUCAUGAAGCAAAAAGAUUGAGGAAAAAAAUAAUUUUUAAAAUAGUGCCUAUGCUAAAUCCUGAUGGAGUUAUAUUAGGAAAUGGAAGAUGCUCCUUAACAGGCGAAGACCUAAAUAGACGAUUUCACAGUCCUGACCCAAGGCUGCACCCAAUUAUAUACAGUUUAAAAAAUGCUAUAAAAAAGGAAAAAAUUUCUUUUUAUUUCGAUUUUCAUGCGCAUUCGACCAAAAAAGGAAUGUUUAUGUACGGCCCUCAUUACCCGCUUCAUUCAGAUAAAUAUAUCAGCAUUAAAGUACUCCCAAAGCUUUUUAGCGAAAAAACAGAAAUGUUUAGGUAUUUUUCGUGUAAGUUUCAAAAUGACUGGUCAAAAAGAUCCGCCUACUUCCGGGAUAGAAUGAUCAAGCCCCAUGACCGGAAGGAGCUGAGUGGUAGCCUGUGGCACUUAGGUGCACACUGGGAGCAGGGCAAGGAAAGCAAGCAAGGCGUCCAAAAGGCGGAAGAAAAGGGACCCUUCGGUCCUGGCCGGGAGCUACUUUAUAAAUUUAACUAACUAAGACUGGUCAAAAAGAAAAUCUGCGAGGCUUGCUAUAUGGAAAGAAUUGAAAUUGCCGUUUGUGUAUACAAUUGAGACGUCAUCUUAUGGAUAUUUAGACAAUGAAAGAAAUACUGUUCCAUUUAAUGAAGAACUUUUAAAUACUUUAGGAAGGAAUUUUUGUGAAGCGCUGCUUGAGUAUAUAAUUAUUCGGAAUAGAUUUAUAAAAGAAAAAGAAACUAAAUUCCUAAAUAAUUAAAUUUAAGGUAAAAUUGUAUAAAAAAAUAUUAAUAAAAAUGCAAUUUUAUUAUAAAAAAGAUUAAGAAAACUGAAAGAUUAAAAAAGAAAAAAUUUGGCAAAAAAGACUACUCAGCGAAAGAAGGAUUUAAUGCAAGAUCAUUAUUAGAAAUCAUGAAUUGUAUAAAAGAAGAAAACAUACAAGAAGAUAGUGAUUCAGAACCUUCAGAAAGCGAAGAUGAAGAAUUUGACCCAGAAUACGAAGAGCAGCAACAAAAAAUUAACCAAAAAAUUUUAAAAGUUUUAGAUAAAGCCAAAAAUCUUAUGGGUUUCGGCAAAAAAGAGUCUUGCUCAGCACUAAGAUCAAGCAAAAAAGACGAUAUUUUUGAAAUCAGAGAAUCCAAAGAGAAACUCCCAAAAAGCAUUACAAAAAUCAUCAAAUCAAGCUUAAAAUUGAAAAAGCUUAAAAAAAGUGAUGGGACUCCUCACAAAUACCUAUUAAAUGACAGAUUUUUUAAGCCAAGACCAAGCACAAGCGUAAAACCGCGGCUAAAAAUCCAUGAAAUUCGUAAAAAGCAGAUAAAUGAUAUUCAGUCGAUAAAACCCAAUGUAGUUGACGUCAGUUUUAAAAGAAGAAAAUUCCUUGAUAAAUUCCCUAAUCAAAGAUAUAAGCAUAUUGGGACAGAAAAAAAUUCAGAGUCACCUUUCUUAAAAUAUGGCGAUUUUAAUGAAAUUGAGCAAAAUGAUGGGGAAAAAAAUAGAGCUGGAAGCGUUGAAAAUAUUUCGUACAAGCACAUGUUUUCCCGGUAUAAGCUUGAUUUCGGGUGUGAGUCUCCUACCAAUAUUGAGACUGUGCUUAAGAGUGAAAAAAGAUUAGCGAGGAAGUAUUUAGAUGAUUUUUAA